CUUCUAUGCAAUGAAAUCCCUAGCUCAAAUUCUCUAAAUUUUUGCGUGUUCUUCAGUGUUCUAGCGUCCACUUAAGCUGUCAGAGUAGUUAGUUCUUGACAGACGCGGCCUACGCCGACGAGCACCCAACGUCGCCCCAUCCUCGCCCGUCUCCGCCUGCAUCCUCCGUCGCUCUCAGCCUCCGGGCGUCCAUCUUCGCCUGGUCGAUAUCGCCCGUGCCGUGUCCGCCUCCAACCCCAAGCCGAUCCGACGCCGGCUGGCUGUUCGACAGAAUGCCUGGGAGCGUGGUGCCCGGCGGGGAGGACCGCAUCGGCGCCCUCCCGGACGAUCUCCUCCGCCGCGUGCUGUCGUUACUUACCUCGCGCGAUUCCGUCUGCACAUGCGUGCUCGCUCGUCGCUGGCACCACCUCUGGAGGUCCGUGCCCGUGGUGCGCGUCAUGGUGCCGAUGCCCAUCGAUAUAGAAGGGGAGGAAGAGGUUUGGUUUGUUAAUUCUCUGCUUCUCCUCCGCGACCGGGCGCCGCUGCAUGAGGUGCAUAUCAGAACCUACCUCCACGAGCCAUCCGCACCCCUCAGCGUUGAGCUGUGGCUCCGGCGGCGUCUGUCGCUAUCCAACAUGACUCUCGUCUGCCAGCACUUGACAGUGUUAGAUAUAGCUGGUGUGAAAUUUGAGGAACACACUCUGAAUUUUUCUAGCUGCCCAAUGCUAGAGGUACUAAAGAUGUUUGAUUGUAGAAUCAGCGCUGAGAAGAUCUUGUGCAGAUCAUUAAGGAAUCUAACUAUGGAGAUGUGCCGUUUCGACCUGUAUGACCGCACUCGUAUCUGUUGCCCUGCCCAAAAGGUCUAUGUGACGCUACAGUUUGAAGUUGACAAGUGCUCCUCAAGCGGUAUGCUUUCACGUCUAUGUGACGCUGCAGAUUUGAAGUUGACAAGUGCUCCUCAAGCGAUUAUUUGCACCAGGGAUUUUAAAUGGUGCCAUACGUUUAGCAAGUUAAAAACAUUGUUUCUCAAUGAGUGGUGGCUGGCUGCUGAUUUCCGUGCACUGGUUUACUUUCUUCAGCACUCACCAAUUCUAGAGAGGCUUACCCUUCAACUUAAAUUUCAUAAGCAACAAUCUGUGCAUGGAAAAGAUGAAAGCUACAAGCCAGGAAAACAAUUCUUGGUAUCAAAGAAUCUCAAAGUAGACGAAAUCAAGUGUCACAAGGAAGAUGAAAGGAUUCACCAAAUUGUGAAGAUCCUUUUUAGCUUUGGAGUACCUCCUGAUCUUAUUGACAACCAACAGAACAAUGUGCGGUCUGAUUGUAAGUAACCACCACCACUCCACACUGAUCAUCAUGUUUCCUCCUCGUAAAAUUCUGCAGUCAGCAUGUUUGUGUAAAAUUUACCAAUGGAAGAAUGUAUCAAUUAUCUUAGACAAAGUAAUGGAUAUUUUAAAUUUGGAAAAUUAGACAUUUCAAUAUUUCA